AUGACUGUCAUUGAUUCGACAGCAUUAUCGUCAUCAUUACCAUCAUCAAUAACAUCAACAGUGUCAUUAUCACCACUAGUGCAUUUAUCGGUAGAUACCAAGACAACAAGUACUACCGAAGCCCAAAAUAUUACUAACACCAUUACUGCAACUAAUGGUAAUACCAAUGUUACUACUGAUAUUUUUAAUGAUGUCAAUACUGCUAUCACAAAUAGUGCUGCGAAGUUUACAUAUACGGAACCACCGGCGUCAUUGUCUAGGACAGAAAUUAAUGCACACAUUAUGGAAAAAAUAUAUUGUGGCGGAUCAUUGCUAGAAGCAGUUCAGAAAGCAAACAUAUUCCAUGACUGCAAGCAUUUUGUAGAUAUGCCGUUGAAGAGUGAUGCUGAAUCUACGUUGCAUGAUUGGCAGGAGUUAGUCGAUUGUGGUCAAGUAGACAAUAUAUCGCUUCGACAAUUCGUCGAAACUCAUUUCGAUGAACCUGGCGGUGAAUUAGAUAACUUUCAGCCUAGUGAUUUUGAUCCCGAAUGUCGCAAAUUUGAAACUAUCACUUGCCCAUCCUAUCGGCAGUGGGCUAAAGAACUGCAUCGCAAAUGGCCCACUUUAUGUCGAAAGACUCAGUGUUUCUAG